AUGUUAGAGAUCUUCUAUGAUGGCCUAUCUGAGAUGUCUAAGAUGUCACUGGACCACUCUGCGGGUGGCUCACUCCACAUGAAGAAGACGCCUGAGGAGGCACAGGAGCUCAUUGAUAUGAUUGCCAACAACCAAUACAUGGUAGGUCAGCUGAGCAAGAGGAUACCCAAGACUCCCUCCAACACUCUUCCUAGCAACACUGAAGUAAACCCAAAGGAAGAGUGCAAGGCCCUCACCAUGAAAGCUAAGGCUGAACCCAAGGAGGAGCAACUUGCUCGAUUCUUGGCAAUCCUCAGGAAGCUACAAUUCAAUAUCUCUUUUGCAGAAGUAUUGGAGAAGAAACUCCUUUAUAUGGCCUGUCUAGAUAAUGCUACCUCUGAGAAGACGACCCUGAAGGGAGAUGAGCUGGUGGUGCUAACCAAGGAAUACAGUGCCUUGGUCCAAAAGAAGCUGCCUCUGAAGAUGCUAGACCCCGGAAGCUUCCUUACUCCCUGCACUAAAGGGACCAUCACCUUUGAGAGGGCAUUGUGCGACCUUGGCUCUAGCAUUAACCUUAUGCCUCUCUCUGUGAUGAGGAAGCUGAGAAUUCAAGAGGUGCAGCACACCAGGAUCUCACUGGAGAUGGCAGAUAGGUCCCUGAAACGGGCAUAUCGUAUGAUGGAAAACGUCCUUGUAAAGGUUGAAGACCUUUACCUCCCUACGGACUUCGUGAUAUUAGACACUGGGGAGGACAAAGACAACUCCAUCAUCCUUGGAAGGCCUUUCCUAGCUACUGCAAGGGCCUUAAUUGAUGUGGAAAAAGGAGAGCGGAUUCUGAGACUAUGGGAGGAUCAUAUCCUAUUCAAGAUCCCCAACCCUCAGUCUCUCCCUAAUAAAGGAGGUACUACUAUGAAACACUUAGUGUUUCAACCUUCUCUCUCAGUACAGAGCCUUACAGAGCCCUCAGACAUCAAACCUAUGUUUGGUGUUGGGCAUCCACCAUCAGAUACUGAGGAAGGAGGUACUAAAAAGAAAGUACCCAAGGACUGGAGGAACAAGAAGAUCACAACUGAAGACUUUUCACCUGGGAUUAGAGUUGUCUUCACCCUGUUAUUCCACAUACUGUGA